AUGGCUUGUAUGUACAAAAUACAACAGAGCGAAAUAUAUUCCGUCAAAUGGUUUCGUGGUACGCAGGAGUUCUACAGAUAUUCGCCACUAGAAUCACCGACUACCAGGGUCAUGCCAGUCAAUGGCAUUAAAGUUGAUAGGUUAAACUCAAACGAAACACACGUAGUUCUGAUGCGGGUGACGCCGAGUCUCAGCGGCAACUACAGCUGUGAAAUUAUACAAAACGCCCAUACUUUCCCACACUACACAGCGACAGCCAGACUUGAUGUCGUUGGUAUUGGUGGUCUCCGAGCAAUCGACCUGAGGAUAUCGCCACCAGUUGUACAACGAGGGUCAGAUGUGACCUUAGCCUGCUUAUACGAGCUGACGGAUGCACCAUUGUACUCUGUUAAGUGGUACAGAGGGCGACACGAGUUCUACAGAUAUUCGCCAACAGAAACGCCCGCUACGAAGAUAUUUCCGUUUGCAGGGAUUAACGUCGACCUGGCCAGAUCAAAUCAAAGUCAGGUCGUCCUAACGCGUGUCAGCUUCGGCCUCUCCGGUAACUUCAGUUGCGAGGUCACGGCUGACGCACCAUCCUUUGCGACGUCCAUCGUGUCUAACACUAUGGAUGUUGUUGUUCUACCUCCAUCGUCUCCAACGAUCCACACAAGUCAACACUAUUACAUGCCGGGCGAUGUACUGAGAGGGAAUUGCACGUCUGGACCCAGUCGCCCCCCUUCAGAGCUUACAUUCUACAUUAACGAUAUAUCUGUGACACCAGGAAUGUACCAGGUACAGCCAGCUCCAGAAGGUUUGUUCCGAUCGGAGCUCUACGUUCAGAUCCAGCUGUGGCCGGCUCAUUAUGAAAGAGGAGCGCCGAUCCUCAGAUGCGAGGCCAAAGUGGGGGACCUAUAUCGAGACAACUCGGCCGUUGCUUUGUAUUCAGCGAAUAGCGAUCCCAAAAUAGAAAGAGUGACGUCGCCUGGAUCUGGAGCCAAACUGCACGCAUGCCAAAUCCUUCUACUGCUCCACAUUAUCGUGUGGGCUAACAAUACAUAGGCGUAAUGAUCAUACGUGUACUAAAGUGCUAUUUCAUUCCAGUAAAGUAAAACGGCGAAAAAAAGUAGUUGAAUUAACAACUGACCAAUCAAGUACGACUGUAUUAUAUGACCUUGAAUAGUGAGCUCUGAUUGGUUGUUUCAAAUAGCGUUUUUUUCUGUUUCUUUAAUGCCAUGGAUUAGCACUUGUUAUAAAUAUAAAUAAAUAUGGAAUAGAUGUAUUCAAUUCUGGUCAAGAGAUGAGGGAAAUUAAUAUUAGAUAAUUGUACCUAAAUGAGCUAAUAAUUAUACCAAAGAAUGUAAAGACUAAGAAUAUUGUUGAUUUAAUACAAAUUAUAUGUCGGA